CAGACGAAGCAGAGACGCACGCUCCAUUGGCUCCACAUCUCCCCAUAACCGCGGGCAUAUGUACAAGAAGAUUUCUCAUCCAUAACUCCAGAAGAAUCCAACACUGCCAAUCUCUGCAUUUCCACUCAUCUCUUGGAAUUGGCAUUUACUAGUCAGCUUCGAUAAUUUUCUAUGGGGAUGGAAGUUAUUGAUAUUUUUGUGGACAAGGAACUUGAUAGUGUAUUUCUAAAGGAUCCCAAUGGUAUUUCACAAGAUAUGAGUAGAAAUCAAGAGGUGGAUCAUGAGCAUGCCAAUGUGGAAGGAGAAAACUGUGCUUCUGCAGAGAUUUCUGAAGGAAAAGAUUAUGAAGUGAAGGAGUGCACUGCUGACAUGUCGAUUUCGAUCUCUAGAUCUAAAAAAUCUGAAAACAUCAAGGAUCUUGAUUCCAAUGGUAAGAAAGAUGCAGAUAUUAACAUGAAAUCAAAAAAUUAUACAAAAGCUGCAACCAAAUCGGUUUCUGGAAACUACAAAACGACGCGCACAGUUCCUCAUCCAUUUGCUCUGGCAACUGAAAAGCGUGCUUUCAAUGGAACUCGGUUUGUUGGGAAUGAAAUAUCUCAGACAAACAAUUUGCAACUCCCACCGGGUUCCAAGCAAAAUCAGUUAGCCUUGCCAGUGGCAACAAGAAAGCCAUUGCAACCUGACAACAAGAAGCAUACGGAUGAUGAUGAUUCUUGCUCUGUUUCUUCUUUACCCGGUACAUUAGCAAGAAGGCCUAAGACGAAUGUUGCACCAGUGCCAGUAUUUAGAUGCACCAAACGUGCAGAGAGAAGAAAGGAGUUUCACUCGAAGUUGGAAGAGAAACAUCAAGCUCUGGAGACUGAGAGAAGUCAGUGGGAGGCAAGAACAAAGGAAGAAACUGAAGCAGCUAUAAAGCAACUAAGGAAAAGUUUGGCAUUUAAGGCAAACCCCAUGCCAAGCUUCUACCAUGAAGGACCACCACCCAAGAUUGAACUAAAGAAGCCCCCGCCAACUCGUGCAAAAUCACCCAAGUUGGGAAGAAGAAAGAGCCGUGGUGAUGCAGUCAGUUCAGAGAAAAUGAGUAGAAAUGAUCGCCAGAACGACACUUCGACUUUAACAUUUGAAGAUAAACCCGCUCACAAACUGUGAGUUCUCUCCUUAAAAUCUCUUUGUUGUGGUGCUCUGUUUGUUAUACGAAUGAAGUUCUCGACCUUCAGAUGAAGUGGUCUUUAUAUGUCAAUCUAUGCAAGUGUAUAUUUCUGUUUUAAACUUUGCUUAUAUAGAGUGUGUGCAGUGAGAAAUUCACUCUGUUGUACUUUAUUCAUUUCUCUGUAAAAAGUAAAAACAUUCAACACCAGCUGUAAUGCAGUAUAUAUGUACUCUGAAAUUUAUUGACUCACAUAUUUGAAAUUGAGAAUAAAGUGGCAUUUUUCCA